AUGAACCUAGACAGUGUACAAGGUAUCAAAGAUGCAUAUGAGAGUGAGAUAAGUGACUUUCUCAUGAUUUCAUUUCACUUAAGGACAGAUAAUACGUUUUUGAAGCAUUCACUAGAAGGGUUGAAUGGUGAACUAGAAAGACAUAUAACUGCUUCUCAAAAUGAAAACAAAGCUUUGGCCACUGAGGUUACCAGUCUUCGACACGGUAUCGAUCAAUUAAAGCUUUUUGCUGAACAACAGAGACAGCAACUUGAGUUACAUUACUUGCGACGUAAAAAUAUCGAUCAAAUGCGUCUUGAAGCAAAUUUCCCUUUGCACACUCAAUCAGCUGUAGAGCCUCCGUAUUCAAUAACUAUGGAUGAGUAUAAUUCCAUGAAAAUACGCGCACAAAUGGCUCAGGAAGCCUUGAAUACGCAAGAGUCAAAAAUGCAUGAACUAACUGAAUACCUACAUAGAUUCGAUAAUGAAUUAUCAGGUAGCUCAACUCAGUUAUUGGAGUCUGAGGAAGUCGUAAGUCAGGAAAGUAAACAACAACAAAAAAGUAGCGAAAUUUUGGAAAGUAGAUUAGUUAAACUCUUAGAUUUUUGCAAAUCAAUACAAUUAGAAAAUGCAACAAACAAAGCAUUAUUCAACACAGGUGAACUGGAGGCUUUCCGUGUGAGACACAAUACUGUGAUGGCUAUUCGUGCGCACGAGCCGAUAAUGCUGUGUGUAUCUGAUAGGGCUUUAUCAGUUGAAGACGCCGCACAUACGCCAGUAGACCCCGUGGUGAUCGCAUCUGAGCCACUAUUCGUUGCCACCACAGAGGAACUUCUCGAAGCUCGCCGAUGUACAGUUGAACUCUCAGAACAGCUAAAGUUAGAAAAGUCAAAAAAUGAUACUCUUUCUAAUCAUUUAGAGGAAUAUGAGUUAAAACACGCUGACCUCUUGAAUAGGCUCGAAGAAGCAUUUCAGUUGCUCGAAGAGGCUCAACGUAAAGCCGAGGAUGCUCACCAAAAAGAGAUGGAGAUGGAGCAUGUGCUAAGGGAUAAAAUCACAGAAUAUGAAGAUGAUAAAGGAGCUCUUAAUAUAAAGAUUUCCCAUUUAGAAUCAUCCUUGGAACAACAAAGAGAGGAAAUCGAGGCCUUUCGACUAAAACGAUCUGAAGCGUUAAAGGCCCGUCAGAUGGAUGAUAAAUUGAGGUGUGAAUAUAGUGUGAAUGCGCUUGAUACUGACACUUCAGUACCUGUACGAGUGCAUAUCCUUAGGUCUGAGCCACUUUUCUGUGUUACACUGAAAGAGUUCAGUGAGCUAAGAGAUGCAAAUAUCCACAUGAUGGAGAGGCUUGAAAAGAUGAGCUCCACUAUUCAGGAUGCAUUUAGCUCUGCCGCUUACAGUCAGAGUACUAAAAAGGAAGUAGUAUUGCAACUUGAAGAUUUGCUACAAGAGCUGGUCGAUACUCGUCAAAAUUAUGAAGUAACUCGUCUUUUACUAACUGAAAAAGAAACUGAAUUGGAGAAUUUUCGUACUCUUUUCGUAGGUGAAAGUGAAGGGGGGAAAAAGGAAUUAAUAGAGGCUAGGGCUGAAAUUGAGCAACUCCAGCAGAACCUAGAUAUCCUAUUUAGGAAAAUGGAUGAAGUUAUGCGUACUCCUGACAUCACUGAUGAAGCUAACACCAAGACGAAAUCAAAUCACGAGAGAAUAAUAGAAGCGAUUCCUGUAUAUCAUGAAACCGAGCAUGAAGCGGCGACACAGUUGAACACGGAUAAGAAUCAAUUGCCAUAUUCGCGACAGACUAUAAGUAACUAUCCUCAGAACAAUGGCAUACUCGAGAAAACGCAGGAGAAAAUCGAUCUAAUGAUUGCAGAAAGAAAUUCCAAGGAAGCUGAAUUGAAAAGAGUAUAUCGAGAUAUCGAGCAGUUGCGGGAUGAAUUAAAAGUUGAAAAGAAAAAUGUAGUCUCAUGGGAACACAGAGCCAGGUCUUUAGAGGUAGACUUGGAUGUUGUGAGCCGGCGUACCGAAGACCUGGUCAACGAAUUGAGGGAAAAGACUGAUCAAUACAAUCAGGUAAUUAAUGAUCUCAAUGAUUUUGUGAGGAAACAGAGCCGCAAGGAUGAGAAGGAGCUUAUCCAGCGCCUUGCUGCAUGCGAGCGUGAGCUCUUCGAGCAUCGGGAAAUUCACAAAGAUGAUAUCGAAAAAUAUGAAACACAAGUUUCUGUACUCCAAGACCAGGUUAAUCGUCUGCAAUGCCAACUGGAACAUGAAUGUAUUGUAAAUAAUGAAUUGUGCAAUGAAGUUAGCCGUCUCCAGAAGGACCUUGUCGAUGCCAGGGAAGAGGUGUUGAAGAAAUCAGAGGAGGUUGGCAUUCUAAAAGAAGAAAUGGAGUCUAUGUUCAAAGUACACGAAGAAGAUAUGCAACAGAUGGAUCAGGAGCUUGAGAAAAAGAAUAAGGACGUUUCAGAUGCCCUUGAAAAGCUUGAGGAGUUAACUGAGAUGCUCCAGGCUGCUCGCGAAGGUGAAAAGAGUGCUUUGCAGCUCCGUGCCGAGUCAGAUGCUGAGGUUUUUCGCCUUCAAAGAGAAAUUGAUAUAUUAAAUAAGGUUCAUUCAACUGUUAUCACCAAUUCUGUGACAAACAAAGAUGGUCAUGCUGCUCAAGCUGUAGUAAAAAAAAAACGUUCUUUGGCAGGUAAGUAA